CAGGUCUGAAAAGUGCCCUGCCACUUGGCACUGGAGCCCUCGUAGCUGCGAUAAGGACAAAACAGCUUCACCGCAGCAGGAAGAGGAGCAGCGGUGGCAGGAUCAAGUCGACUCUUGUAAUGCCUGCCUUCCGCUUAUCAUUCAGCUAGAAAGACAUGAGUUCAAAAGUCAGAGGAGACUUGUCAGAAUGCGGCAUCACAGAACUCCUUGUUUCGUCUUGACUUUCCUGCUCUCCUCAAAGUGCACUGUGACAAGGAGACGUCAAGGACAGUGUCGAGGGAGCAGCGUAUAAACCAGGCAAGGCCAUGGGCUUGAGCUAUGCCAGCCUUCACGUCUCCUACAAGCUCAAGCUGCUCAUUCUGUUCACCUUGUGUGUCUUAUUGGUGGGCUGGGCCACUUCCACUUACUUAGUGGAUGCCGUACACGAAACUCCAAGAGCAAAAAGCAUCGUGGGGAGUUUCCGAAAACCAACCACUAUCACAGAGGAGCGAACGGAAAAUCCAGACAAGAGCACGAUGCCUACUGUGAAACUGCCCAUAAUGAGGCCCCCGUGUCCCUCUCUGUCUCCGUAUCUGCGAGGCCCUAGCAAGCUUUUCUUUAAGGCAUCUCUCACGCUGGAGGAGGUGCAGAAAGAGAAUCCUCGAGUGUCAAAGGGACGCCAUCGCCCAGAAGGCUGCUUAGCUCAGCAACGUGUCGCAAUAUUGAUUCCACAUCGCAACCGAGAGAAGCACCUGUUGUACCUGCUGGAGCACCUUCACCCAUUUCUGCAGCGGCAGCAGCUGGACUAUGGCAUUUAUAUCAUCCACCAGGCUGGCAGUGCCAAGUUUAACAGAGCAAAACUGCUGAAUGUGGGAUACUUGGAGGCCCUGAAGGAAGAGAACUGGGAUUGUUUCAUAUUCCAUGAUGUGGACUUGGUACCAGAGAAUGACUUCAACAUUUACAUGUGUGGCAGUCAGCCAAAGCACUUGGUAGUGGGUAGAAACAGCACAGGCUACAGGUUACGUUACCAAGGAUACUUUGGGGGUGUAACUGCUCUAACAAGAGAGCAAUUUUCCAAGGUGAAUGGAUUUUCUAACAACUACUGGGGCUGGGGAGCAGAGGAUGAUGACCUCCGCAUCAGAGUUGAAAUACAGAAGAUGAAGGUUAUCCGGCCAUCUCCUCAUGUGGCCAAAUACACGAUGAUCUUCCACACGAGAGACAGAGGCAACGAAGCAAAUCGACAGAGAAUGAAACUCUUGCGUCAGGUAUCUCAAGUGUGGAAAACAGACGGGCUAAACUCCUGCUCUUACCAGCUGCUCUCCGUGGAACACAACCCUUUGUACACCAACAUCACAGUGGACUUUGGCACGCCGACCAAGAUUUCAUAACCGUCUCUUGUGCCUAAUGAACUGUAUGGAUAAUGGAAGACAAUUUCCAGGGCCGAGAGCAAGCACCUACCUUUUUGUUGGUGGUUUCCCAGAAUCAAGUACAUUACAGGGGGAAGAAUAGGGUUCCCCCGCACCCGAUCUCUAGUAGCUUUGUUAGAUGUUUCUUCCUGGACUUCAGGACAGUACUGGCCAGUUGGUGUCUGCGGUUAACUUGAAUAACUCUAUGAUCAUGGUUUUUUAUUUGAUUAAAAAUAUUAAUUCCUUCCUCUGGAGGGAAUUGACUUCCACUGCCUGAAAGCUAUCUGUUUUGAUAGCUGCUGUUGAAUCUCCACCAUUUUAAAGUGGAAACAAGGAUAUAAGGACAAUACUGCCAUGCUUUUCCCAAGGUGCAAAGUUAAAGGGCUUCUUCAUCCAAUGGGCAAUUCUUUUUUAAAUAGGAUAGCCCUGUUGGAAAUGGCUUUUUCUUCAGCCAGUUGAACAAGCAUUCAUCAUAACCUCCUGAGGUAAAGGUAUCUGAUGCCAUCGUGUUAAGAAUACCCACAGGGAGAAUGGGGGAAGAUUUGAAAACUCGCAAUAAAAUAUGGAGCAUAUUGAAAAGUA